AUGAAUGGAAUCAGGACGUUUGGCAGCAACUUGUGGAUACUCUGUGAUGCCGGGGUGCAGUACAUUCUGGAUGCCGUGGUGGCGGCCCUUGCUGCCAACAAGGACCGCAAAUUCACCUAUGCCGAGAUGUCUUUCUUCCAGCGCUGGUGGGAUCAGCAGGAGGAGGACAUGCGGGACCUGGUCCACCACCUGGUGGCCUCGGGCCAGCUGUCCUUUGCCAACGGCGGCUACGUACAGCACGACGAGGCGGCCAGCCACUAUGUGGCCAUGAUCGACCAGACCACAAGGGGCCACAGCUUCCUUCAGGACACCUUUGGUGUGAAGCCUCGCAUCGCCUGGCAAUUAGAUCCCUUUGGCCACUCUGCCACCCAGGCAUCCCUCAUGUCGGCGGAGGCUGGAUUUGAUGCCCUCUUCAUUGCCCGAGCUGACCACCAGGACAUGGAUGUGCGCCGCACAAAGAAGGAGCUCGAGUUCAUCUGGGCACCCAACGGGACUGUGGGUGGGGAUGAGGACGGCAUCUUCACUGUCAACUUUGCCAGCGGUCAGUAUGGACCUCCAGAAGGCUUUGGAUUCGAGUGGGGAUGCCCCCCUAUUGCUGACGAUCCGCAGCUCAAGGAAUACAAUGUGCAGGACAGGGUGGAUGCCUUUGUCUGGUAUGCACAGGGACUGGCCAACGUGACAGUGGGCAAUGAUGUCAUCGUCACCAUGGGCUCCGACUUCAAUUACGGCCGAGCCAAUCAGUGGUUUAAGAACAUGGACAAGCUCAUCCACUAUGUGAAUGCGGAUGGUAGGGUGAAUGUGCUCUACUCCACCCCCGAGGCAUAUGUCGACGCCAAGCAUGGGUACAACCACACCUGGUCUGUCAAGCGUGACGAUUUCUUCCCCUACUCGGACUCUUCGCAUGCAUACUGGACAGGCUACUUCUCCAGCCGCCCCACGAGCAAGCGCUACAUCCGCCAGGCCACCUCCUUCCUGCAAGCUGCUCGGCAGCUGGAGCUGACUGUCGGCGGCAAGUCCAGCGGCGGCCCGACCACAGAUGGCCUGGAGGCCGCCGUGUCCCUCACCCAGCACCACGACUCCAUCACCGGCACCGAGAAGCAGCAUGUUGCCAACGACUAUCAUGAGCGACUGAGUGCAGGUCUGGUGGAGGCGCAGACUGUAGUCGUGGGCGCUGUGUCCCAGCUGCUCGGCGGCGAACCCCUGCUAUCAAACGCUGCCAGCGCCCACGGCUCGACGCUGCGCUUCUGCAACUACGCCAACGCCACGAUCUGCGAGCCCAGCGUGCGCCUGAGCAGGGAGGGGAGGAGCAUCCGCGUCGUCGUGUACAACCCCGUGGCCUGGACAGUGAGAGCUCCCCUGAGGGUGGCUGUGUCGACACACACCUCCUGCGAGUGGAUCGUGCAAGGCCCCAACAACGAGACCCUGCCCUCCCAGACGGUGUCCGUGGAUGCGACCACUCGCAGGCUGCAGCACCUGCUCCACGAGACGAAUGCGAGCUCUGAGGCGGCAGGGGACGCGGAGGUGGCCUGGGUCGCAGACCUGCAGCCCCUCGGCCUGGCAACCUUCACCAUGCUGCCGGCAAGUGUUGGGCGUGCUGAAAGGGACGUGGUCUCGGGUGCAGGGCCUAGGAGGCGGCGCGACGAGGUCCUCGACAACGGCAUCCUGCGCCUCGUGUUUGAUGCAGAGGCAGGCGAGUGUAGGGAUGGGAGGGGUCUUGGAGGCCAGUGCGAGGCGCUAAGAAGCAGCCUGAAGGGCAUCGGCAUCGAUGGCGCGGAGCCCAUCCAGCUGACCACCUCCCUGGCCUGGUACAACUCCAGUGAUGGGUUGGAUGUCCCGGAGGGUAAGGACAGGGGCCAGGCCGGGGGCGCCUACAUCUUCAGGCCCGGCAGCAAGACCUUCCUCCCGCGCCACCGGCGUGAUGUAGAGCUGAGGAUCGUGAAGGGGGAGGUGGUCCAGGAGGCCCAUCAGCGGUUUGGCGACUGGGCGACCCUGGUCACAAGGUUGUACCAAGGCCAGGCGCACUUUGAGGUCGAAUGGACCGUGGGUCCCAUCCCCGUGUCUGACGGUCUGGGCAAGGAGGUGGUGCUGGAGUACCGGUCGUCCACCAUCCGCUCCGGCCGCACCUUCCACACCGACUCCAACGGCCGCCACAUGAUGCACCGCGAGCGCGAUCACCGCCCCGGCUGGCGGUUGAACGUGACGGAGCCGGUGGCGGGGAACUACUACCCAGUCACCGCAGCGGCGACCAUCCAGGACCGGGAGCACUCGCUCGCCGUCCUCGUGGACCGCGCGCAGGGCGCUGCAUCCCUGGCAUCCGGCCGGCUGGAGUUCAUGCUGCACCGUCGCCUGCUGGCGGACGACGGCCGCGGCGUGGCAGAGGCCCUGAACGAGACGGCGUGCGGCGACGCGAACCGCGAGGCGCCCCACGCCUGCGGCGGGCUGGUGGCACGCGGCGUGCAUCGGGUGCUGGUCCAGCGAGAGGGAAGCGGGGAGGGGCCCGCCCAUGCCGCCGCGGUGCGCCGCACCGCCCAGGCCCUGGUCAACGACCCGCCCUUGGUCAUGGCCGGACCCGUGCAGCUCUUAGAGCCGCCGCCGGCAGCGCCGCCUGCACCCACACCACUCGCGCUGUCCCUGUCGGGUGGCGCCACCCUGCCCCCUGACGUCCAGCUGGUGACUUUUGCUGAGCUGGCAGGGCGUGGCAUCGUCAGGGUGGCGCACCUCCACGAGGCGGGGGAGGGCGGGGACGCCUCGACCCCAGCGACCUUUGACCUUGCGCCUUUGCUGAGGAGCAUCAAGUUCUCCGAGGCGAGGGUCUGGUGA